CACGGUUGCCUGUUGUCAGCGUCGAUCCUAAUAUAAAGUUAUCUCUGGUGUCAACUGCCAGAUGUUAGAUAUAAUUAAGUUCUAGCGAAACUUAUACGAAUUCUUAGUUACUGAUAACUAAUUGUUGGCCUAAAAGACACUGUCCAAAUAAAACGUGGCUAAAACCUAAGUGCACUGUGUGACCUCAAAUGCAAACCUUACUUAAGCGCUCGGAAGUCUUGUCCCUAAGGUGCCAUCUGGUGACAGUUCGAGGUCUGGGUCCCCUCAUGGAUCAUUCAUACCACAGCCAAGAAGUGGUGUAGCUACUCGAGAUAGAAACAGUACUGACAGAAAUCACUCCAGACCUUCAUCAGCUUCAUCGACAUCAUCAAUACCUCAUCUUCCGGUCAAAAUCAGUUCCGGGGUUACUUUACGUAAUCCACCAGGCGUGGUACAUUUUCCUGGAAACAAGAACUCCUCUUACCACAAUAAUUCCAUGUUAGAUAAAUUAAAAUUUUUCAAUUCCAAAGAAAAACCUGGAGAUAGAGUUAAAGGUGGCGCAUUUUCUAAGCGAACAAGCAGCAGUAGCGGCUUCAGCUCGGCAAGAAGUGAACGCAGUGAUUCAUCAACAAGCUUAUGUAGCGAACCUAAUAAGUCUGGCACAACCCCCGAAAGACGGGAGGCGACUAAUAGCUCCAACUCUACGGGGGUUAAUUGCCCCAAGAUUGCCGUGAAGAACUUCGCCAAGAAAACGUUUGGGAGAAGUUCGAAUACCACAGGCAAAAGUAACAAUGCAAAACCAACAAAUUGUAGUAAAGAGACUGAGUCCACUAAACCUGAUUCCGUGAAACUCUCAUCAUCAAGUCCACUGAAGGAAAAAUUUGAAAGGAAAGACGUCAAUGCUCAGAGAGAAAAAGUUGAACGAUCCACGCACAAGGAAAGGUCCGAUCGUAAGGAAACUGCUUCACAAAAAGUCAAGUCUGAUCUAGAUAUACAAACUGAUAGGUCGCAACACAAAGAAUCCGCUAGACAUAAAGACAAAAGUUUGUUGUUAAACUGUAGAGGUUAUACCAAAGAGAAAGACAAAACAGAUAUCGACACAGUAAAGUCUUCUCACAGAGUUGAGCCAGGUUCAGAAAAGAACCAAUCUGAAAGAACAUUGAGAGAUAAGUUUGAAGGUUAUGAAAGUAGUACGCAAAAAAACUCGUAUGGUCAGAAGAAUUUAUCACAACUUCAGGAAUCAAGCUUGCUAAAAGAGAACCAAGAUUGUAAUGGAAAAAAGUAUGGAAUCUGUAACUUUGAAGCAUCAGUCGCCAGAACAGAAGCCACAAUUUCCAGUAACAAGUCAAUAGCUACAUCUGAAUAUAAGUGUAAAGAAACUAAAACUUCGGAUGCGAUUCAACUUGAUGAAGGUGAACAAAAUCAGAUUUGCCAGUCAAAGUUAUCUAGUCCUACUCCUAGGUCUGAAAAGGACUUAAAGUUUCUCAGUCCUGAGAUUUCUACCAGUACCAGUUGGAAUAGAACGUCUAAUAUCGUUGAGAGUUGUUCAGACUCUAGUGACCUGAUGUUGAGCCAAGUAGCCAAUAGUAACAUUCCUAAGCCUACAGCUGCUGUGAAAGGAACAUCCAAAUUUCCUAUUGAGGAUGGUCAAGAGUGUAAAAGUGCCAGUGAUUCGUCUUCAAGCUGUCAAAUUGAGUGGAAACAGAACACGAAAGAUCAAGACACUCUAGAUGUAGCAAGUUCAUCUAGUACUACUUGUAAACCUUUUUAUGAUGAAAAUGAAGGAGAUAUAUCUGCUAAUACUUCUCAACGGAUUGAGCAAAUGGACACUCGCCAAGAGUCUGAUCGAUCUUGUACAAAGUUAGAUAGUUCAGGGCAUGACCAUUUUUUAGACGGUUUACAAAAUGGCAUUUCUGUUGCCAAAGUAUCGCCUAUAAUGAGUUAUGAUGUUACAGUUUCUAGUAAAAUCAAACAUGGGAAACAAGGUAAAGCUACUUGUGAUAAUGGUAACAGGAAAAAUAAAAAUCAUUUCGUAUUAGGAAACAAUACAGGGAACCAGGAAUGUGAAGUCUACUCCUCUCAAAGUUCUGCGUCUCCAGGAGCAGCGCAACUGAAGACAUCGACAGACGUACAAGACCCUGAAGACAUAAAGAAUUUGUCUCAUCUGCGCAAGAAAAGAACGCCACUUGCUGUCAGGAAAUCCGGGAAGCAUGAUGCACAUAUUACAGGCCCCUUCUUCAUGAAUAUGACGAUAAUAGAAGAAUCAGAUGAUGUCAUGGCUAAUAUAAAGCCCAUGCAGCCCAUCACGCGUGUCUUGCCUUAUGGUUAUAUUCGUGGCCUAGGUUCUCUGUCUUCCACCCGUAACCUUACGAACAGGUUGCACAUGCCUAACUUUCGGUUCCCCUCAGAUGCCGGAAGUGUUUCUUCUGGUAAGUUCGGGUUGUCACGUCAUAUCCAAGCCACAGAAGACUCAUCAAAGAUUUAUGGUGUCCCUGUUAAAAGGGGGCUGGGAAGCAGUCGUGCCUUAUUGGACGUGGAUUCCAUAGAUAUUGGGACAGGUUACAUGAGUGAUGGUGAAGUUCUUAGAUCGAGUGUCGUGUAUAGAGCAGAGGAUAUCUCCAGUGGCUACAUGAGUGAGGGUGGAGGAUUUCUAUAUUCAAGACGAGUAGCCUCGAAGUUGAAUGGAAAAGAUAUGCCUUCUAAGCCAAUUAAUGUUCUUCAAGAUGACAGGAAUAUUAAGUCAUGCCAACAACGCCUGUUACACAAAAUUGGUCUAGAUGACAGCAGUUCAAUCAGUAGCGGGCUUAGUGACGCCAUUGCCGACAUAAGCACAGAUGACAACUUGACGGGAUCUUCAUUAAGCUCAGAAACUAAUCAGUACAGCAGUAUGAAACAAACUUCACGAGAUGGCGUUACGAAAUAUUCUUACUCCACUGAAGACAAGUUUAAAAGAGGCUGGGAAGAACGUGUAAUGGGAAAGCCCUCUAACGGUAAAUCUGCAAACGUGGAGAAAACGGACAGCUCAAUGCAAACAGAAUCUAGUGCUUUCCAACAAAUGUCAUCAGCUGUAUGGAAGAAAUACCUCCAACAACAGCAUGAGCAGCAUACACGAUCUGGAAAAAUUGAAUCUGAACGUAUUAGAGAGAAAAAAAGUAGUUUUACGUCUUCCUCAUCCCCUGGUGGAAAAAAGAGUUGUACUAUAAAUGGCACAGUUGAUAAACAUGCAUUAGUCGAAAACCAAAAAUCUAAACAUAAAACUUUAGUUCAAAAACUAGAAGAAGGGAAGAAUCGAGAAUAUGACCCUGGAAUUGAAAAAGAGUUACGAAAUGGAAGAUGUAUUAGUCCAAAACCUACCAAAACAAACUCUGACUCAGUUGAUCAGUUGAUUCAACCAGCACGCGACUCACGAAAAGCUCAAGGUUACAGAACAGCUUCAGUAACUGGGACUAAUGCAAAUUUUGUAGUAAGCAAAAAGCAAGCCAAUACAUCAAACAUUUCUUUGAAUGGCGAUAACAAAACAGGCAACUCUAAAGUACAGAGUAAUUUCAAAAAAGAAAAGUCUCAAGACAUCAAAAAUCACGAUAUGUAUUACACAGAAUAUCCCGACGUGAACCACAUCCAAUCGUCUAGCUUACCCAGGAACUUAUCCACAGCGUCCUCUAGUGGUAAAAGCAUCUAUGACCGCAAGGAAAAGAUGAAAGUAUCUGCUAACACCCAGAACAACAAUCCGGAAGUGCGUGUUUUUGGUGGGUCAGCAGCUUUUUCUGACAGUGAAUACAGUUCCUUAGGCCGAAAAGCGUGUAAACAAUACACUUUGAUGUCACCAACUGUUGGAGGACUCCGUGAACGUGUUUACGGAUCUCGUCCUGUCAUUAACGGCUCUUCCAAUUCCGACUAUGUAAUUCUUUCUGGUUUCCCCGCAACUUCUAGAGAGCGCUCGAUCCAUGGGCCAAGACUUUCCAUAUCUCUUAGGCCUAACGAUGCAGACAUGGGGAAUUACGCUAAUAUUGACCACCCAAGUAUCAGUAACUCUCUUCCUUCAUCCAGUUCCAGUGCCUACGCCUGGCUACGUUAUAGCGGCAGUUCAGGGGCUUCAGUAAUCUCAGGAGUAGGCACCCGUAGCUGUAGUGCUAGUGGAGGAGGGCUUACUGAAGCUGAAAGUAUGGAAUCUAUAUCCUCAACUUCCUCCAAUGUACAUCCUCAGAUUCAGCAUGCUCGUGCUAACAGCCUGACUCGUGCUCGUCUGAUGAUCCACCAGAGGGAACUCUCAGGGUCCCCGCGUUUGUCCCGUUCCAAUUCGAUUAGGUCUACCAAGUCAGAAAAGUUAUAUCCUUCCAUGUUACAGCGAUCUGAUGAAAUGGACAAUAACUAUUCAGGCAAUAUAUCAGUUUCUGGACAUCCGGUCAGUAAUGGUCAACCGAACUCGCCCAACACAAAACCGAUCACCCAGGGGGCGCCACGCUACUUAUUUCCUCUUUCUCCAGUCAGCCCUCUACCUCUAACAUCAAGUGCCUCGGUAGCGCCACCAAAUGUUCGAUAUUCUGGAUCCAUGCCUCAUUACAUGGGAGGACUGUUAUCGAAAGUCUGCAACAAAGAAGACGAAAUGCACUGCUCAUCCUUGUCUGUUAUUUCUUCCUCUUCUAUCUAUUCAACGGCUGAGGACAAGCAGUCUCAAGAGAUUAAAAAGCUUAAAAGGGAAUUAGAACAAGCCAAUGAAAAAGUAGCUACAUUGACAUCACAGCUGACCACAAAUGCCCAUAUGGUAGCAGCUUUUGAACAGUCUUUGUCAAAUAUGACUAAUAGGCUUCACCACCUAACGGCCACCGCUGAGCAAAAGGAUUCAGAACUUGGGGAACUACGAAGUACAAUAGAAGCACUAAGCAAGCAAAGUGCUGAAGCUGGUCUUACAAAGAUGGCACUGCAGUCAAUGCAAGCUGUUCAAAGAAGUAUGAAUGCGCUCCAGGAGCACAAGAUAUCCAGACAAAUGUCCACAGAUUCUGUAUCCAGUGUCAACUCUUUGUCCAGUGGUAACAGUGGAAACUCUAGAUCUGGAGAAUUAAGUGAUGGGAAAAACAAGAAGAAGAAAAAGGGAUGGCUCCGAAGUUCUUUCAGCAAAGCCUUUUCUCGAAGUAAGAAGAAUAGGAAUGGUUCUGUGUCUGAUGUGGAAGACCUUAAGCAAUUUCAGUCAGAUUCCUCUUCUCCAAAUUCUCCUUUACUUGGAUUACAUCACAUAAACGGAAGUAUUGGUAACACUGUCAAGUCAUCAUAUUCAUCAUCUGAGUUGUAUGAGAAUAAUGAUGAGAGAACUUCAGAAGUUGUCAACAAACUUAAAAAACAAUUGAGGGAAAAGGAAAUGGUGAUCACAGACAUUCGUCUGGAAGCUCUGACAUCAGCUCAGCAACUCGAAACUUUAAAAGAAACUGUCAACAAAAUGCAGAAUGAAAUGAUGAAUUUGAAACAAGACAAUGGUCGGCUACAGAAACUGGUAUCUACAAAGUCUCUUACUUCCUCUCAGAGUUCUCUACUUCUUAGAAAUAGUGCUGAUAAUCUUGAUAAAAGAUUAAGUGCCUCAGAAUGCUCAGGAUCACCUGGUGUUGAAUUAUACCUCAGUGAUGCCGUCAGUGAUCGAGAUGGUAAACAUGUUACCAUAUCCGUAUUCUUAGGAUGUCAUGGUGAUUAUAAUAAAUUCAAAACACAUAAUAAGAACAUCAAUGAAGUUCUCAUUGGAGCCUUCUCAGUCAGUGGGAAGACAAAGUGGGAAUUAAUGGACAGUGUUGUAAAACGAAUUUUCAAGGAAUAUGUUCUAAGGAUUGAUCCUGUAUCAAAUCUGGGAUUAAAUGCUGAGAGUGUUUUAAGCUAUCAUGUAGGAGAAAUUGUCCGAACUAAAGGUGUAGAAUUACCUGAAUUAUUGCCCUGUGGCUAUCUAGUUGGUGACAACAUGCAGAUACAAAUCACUCUAAAAGGUACACUUCAAAGUUCUGUUGAAGGCCUCACCUUUGAAACCCUUAUUCCUAAAUCUAUAAUUCAGCGAUAUGUGUCACUGUUGAUGGACCAGAGAAGAAUCAUUUUAUGUGGACCAAGUGGGACAGGUAAAACAUACCUUGCACAGAAACUUGCAGAAUAUCUGGUCUUAAGAAAUGGAAAAGAGGUUAGUCCUGGUGCAAUAGCAACAUUUGGAGUUGAUCACAAAUCAGCUAAAGAACUUCGACAGUACUUAACUAAUGUAGCUGAACAAUGUGAGAGUAGUAACUCUUCAGAUCUUCCAACUGUGAUAAUUCUGGAUAAUCUUCAUCAUGUGGGCUCCUUAGGUGAAGUGUUCAAUGGAUUCCUCAGUGCCAAAUACCAAAAAUGUCCAUACAUUAUUGGAACGAUGAACCAAGCCACUUGCUCAACAACAAAUCUUCAGCUUCAUCACAACUUUAGGUGGGUACUUUGUGCUAAUCACAUGGAACCUGUGAAAGGAUUCUUGGGCAGGUACCUUAGAAAAAAACUUGUAGAACAUGAAAUCCAAAGUGGUUCACAGAACCAGGAGCUCACCAAAAUCAUUGAUUGGAUGCCAGAAGUCUGGGCACAUCUGAACAAGUUCUUAGAAACCCACAGUUCAUCUGACGUUACCAUUGGCCCCAGAUUGUUUCUUUCAUGUCCUGUAGAUGUCGCUAGUACCCAGGUUUGGUUUACAGAUCUGUGGAAUUACAGCAUUAUUCCUUACCUUCUUGAGGCUGUCAGGGAAGGAUUGCAGUUAUAUGGUCGUCGGGCCCCCUGGGUUGACCCUGCACAAUGGGUUUUGGAAACUUACCCAUGGUCCAUUUCAGGAGAAGGUGAGUGGCUUCAGUUGCUACGAUUACGCCCAGAGGAUGUGGGGUAUGAGAGCCAUCCAGCUCCAGGAGCAACUACCAAAGGAUCACAUGGAGCUCAAAAUGACAUUGAAGGAGAUCCUUUGCUCAAUAUGCUCAUGAGAUUGCAGGAAGCUGCAAGCUGCUCAAGUCCUCAUGGUAAUGAAGAUGAUACUGCUGUCAAUGAUCACAAUCACACUUUUACAUCUACAGACCUUGUGACUGGUGACACUGUGGAGUCCACACUUUAAUUAAGAAGAACCAUUGUCUAUUGUCUCAUAAAUUUUAACCUAUUUGUAAGAAAACUUUGGGGUUUAAAGAGAAGUUUGACUUGUAUAAAUACUUCAAUAUAUUCAUUAGUUAACAGUAAGAUUUUUCAGUUUUGUAAAAUAAUCGUUUUUAAAAGUAAAUGUAAAAAUUAUAUAAUGAUUUUAAACUGAUAUUGAAGCUGUUAUGUUUUAUGAACAAAUACAACUUAUUUAUCUAAUUGCAUGUUGGUGAGUGGUAAGGGAAUGAAAGUUCUUUUACCUCAUUAUAAGAUAUGUUGUGUAAAAGAUUCAUAAUUUCAUGUAGCAAUCAAAUAUACAGUAGGGAUUAUUUCCACUGCUAACUGCCUUGCUAUCUUCCGUAAGUGUUUUAUUUGAUGGAACUAUUAUAUUAAGAAAUAUUAUUUAAUUCAAAAAUUAUAUUUUUACUUAUUUUUUCUUUGAUAUCUGUUUUUAGGUUUACAUCAAUAAGGCAACUUGUCCUGCAAAACUAGGUAUUGUAACAUUUUGUUCAUGUAACAGGUGCAUUUAUGUGUUGUGAUAUUUUAUAUAGUUAUAUUAUUGAGUGUUUGGUGAAACUAUUUAUUUUUAUUAAUGAAAACUGAGUUUUAUGUUUGUAUAAAUAUUGGUUUGGUACUUCAACUUCAUGUAGGAUUAGUUUAGUAUUUUAGGUGGGAUCAGGCAGGAGACUAUUUGAACACUUGAUUAAUACAGUAAGUGGAUUAGAAGUUUUCAUAUUUUGACAUAACAUAACGUUUUGGAACAACAUGGGACCUAUUGGUCCAUCUCAGCUGUUCCAUCCUCUAAACUAAAUUAAAACUAUUAAUAAAUACAUUUAAAAAAAAAUCUCAAAGCCAGCCCCUAUCAUUCCUAUAGUUUUCAAGGUUUCUCUUAAACUCACUUAAGUUUACUGUCUCUGUAACAUCCGAAGGCAACUCGUUCUAAGGCCAACCUCCCUGUU